UUGUGCAGUACUUGUGAGUUUCCCCAAAGAAAACGCAAGAAGCGUGCGGGCAUAACCAUACUCUCUCCAGUAUCCCUAGUAAAACACAAUACGCCUGACGGCGUAAGUAAUUAAUUAAAGCGAUUUAAGAGAAGAAGAAAAAAAACACACUCAGAUCAUGGACAUCAACGGUAGCAGUGAUGCUUCCUCAUCAACUCCAUCCAGUGGUCUUACACAAUUAACCACAUCUGCUUCUCAGUCAUUUCAGCACUUCCUUGACAAAACGACGCCGUAUUUACUCUAUCGUUGGAUCGCUUUCUUUUUCAUCGCUAUCCUAUAUGUCGUGCGAGUGUACUUGGUGCAAGGAUUCUAUGUUAUCUCCUACGCCCUUGGCAUCUACAUCCUUAAUCUCCUUAUCGGAUUCCUUUCGCCUCAGGUUGACCCCGAAUUCCAGGAUUUAUCCGAUGGCCCGACCCUCCCGACCCGACAAGCCGAUGAAUUUCGCCCUUUUGUUCGUCGCCUCCCUGAAUUCAAAUUCUGGUACUCAAUUACCAAGGCUUUCUGCAUUGCCUUCGUGUUAACAUUUUUCAGUGCACUUGAUGUGCCUGUCUUUUGGCCAAUUCUCCUUUUCUACUGGGUUGUGCUGUUCACACUUACAAUGAGAAGACAGAUACGACACAUGUUGAAAUAUAAAUAUGUGCCAUUCUCAUUUGGCAAGCAGCGGUAUGACGGCAAGAAAGCAGCUUCAUCGGAAAGUGAAGAACUUCUCCCAUAGACCGAAGCAAACAGGUCCUCAGCAGCUGUUUAUUCUAUGGAAUUUACAUCAUGCAGCUACCAGUUGUCUUUCUUUUCCUUUUCAAUAGCCAAAUAUUUUAUAGGAUGUUACUGGAAGUGGAAGAAACUGUUAGGGGAAUUACUAUUUAUGAUCCUUACAUCUUUGUCUUUCGGGGCAUUUUUCAUAGUGUAAUGAUAUCUUAAUUUUCUACUA